UCAAUACCCAGUACCCCACACACACAGAUUUAGAUUAAAAGUAAACACAAUAGUUUAACAGAUUAGAUGAAUAGAACACAAGAGACCCGAAGGAGAAAAAGGAGGAAGAGAAGCUUAGAAUAACAAAGAGAGAGAAAUUGGGUUUUGGAUUGUUCUUGCUUAAUUCUAUGUUAUGUUGUGUUUGAUCGCAAGCUUAACUGGAUAGUGCAUUGAUAUUUGGAAAACAAUGAAUGGCACUUUGCUCUUUGCUUCCUGGUAUGAAGGCGAAAUGUGGAUUCCUACCUGUUCUUUUCAGAUUCGGGAUUCUUGACCGAGUUUAUCUGUACUAUUUAGUGAAGUGCCAUGGUUGAAAUGGGAUUGCAUUUGGUAAAUAGAUUUAGUACUCUUGAUCAAAGAGAUAUAUAGAUAUGAAAUCAGAUUAGACAAGGUUGCUUCUUUUAUUAGUGGGAAUUAGUGCAUGUGAAGUUUUAAUUUUCUUUCUGGGGAUUGGUAGGGCUGGGUGACUUGAUUUUAGUUGUUCAUUGGAACUUAAAAGUGGAAUAAGGGGAAUAAAUGUGUAGGAGUAGAUAGGGUCAAUAAAAGAAGACCUUCUAGAAUAUUCAGAAGAACAAUACACUGAACUGUAGAAUGGGCUUGCCUCAAGUGUCCUCUGGCAGUAUUGCUGAGGAAGUGGCAGCAUCACUGAGCACGUUUGUGCAAAAUCCACCUAGAAUUGUUGCUGUGAGAAGUUGUGACUUGAGUGCAAUGCAUGGAGGAAAUCUGGGCAACCGCAUUCAAUUGGAUAUUCCAAGUGCUUCUUUCGGAGAGUUGCAAAGGAGAACCAUCCCAGAGUUUCCAAAGGAACCAGAUUGUUCAAUUAUGCAUAAAGAUGGUAGAUCCAGCAUGCAUAAGCUGAAGAUUAACUCUAUGGAACAAAAUGGCUUGUUUCCUGGUAUCAGUGGACGGAAUACUCAGACACCUGUUCCUAGGAUUGUGGGUUUUGAAUCAAGGGCUUUAAAUUCUCCUAUUAAUGUGUUUGAUGGAAAUCAAUCUUCUUCUGCUGUGGCUAGUAUAAAAGAUAAUCCAAACGAGGCCACUGGAUCAGUGGUCAGGAAGCGGUUAUUGUCUCCUUUGAAUGGGAUGCUUCUCACUGAUCAAUUUAAUGGCGAUUCUCUAGACAUUGGCAGUGGUGUUGAUCAGAGUAAUUUCCACAGUAGUAAUGAUCCUUACAAUGUCUCUAUGUUACAAGAGCAUAAGAGAGCUCAUAAAGGCAACUCCAAUUAUUUCAAUACUCCAAUAUGUUCUCUGUCAUGUUUCCCACAGUGGAAGAAUUCAUUGGAUGAUAAUUGUGGAACGAAGUCAGUUUUUUUCACUGAUGGCCCAUUGCUAGAAAAACAGGACUCUCAAUGUCAUCAUCAUUUUAUAUCAUCGACUGAAUGUAAUUACUCAGGAGAAUCAACCAAGGUAAGGUCCCAAACAGGGGCAAUAGCCAUACUUCCAACUCCAAAAAAGGUGGUUUCACCUCCCUUGUCUUUGUCUCCCCUUGGUCCAAAAUUAUCCGAAAGGGUGAAAUCUACAGGAGGAUGUAAGGAUAAUACAACAGAGUCAGAUGAUGACAAUAUUACUUUCAAGGAUAUGGAACAGUCGCUUGAUAGAACUUUCUCAGGCUAUUUAUCUUCUGGAAAAAACAAUAUUAGGAUGCCAAGUAGAUCAUCAGAAGAUCUUGAUAAUUUGCAGAAGAAGUUUGACCUGUUUAUUCCUCAGAAUACCACUGGCAUGGGACAGCAUUGGAGUCAGGAUUCUGACUUUACUUCCCAUGUGAAAUUGGUUAGAUCUCUGAGUGGACUGCCAGUUAGAAGGUCUUUGGUUGGUUCAUUUGAGGAGUCUCUGUUGUCUGGUCGGUUAUUAUUUGCGAAAGUUAGUCAGAGAAUUGAGGGUUUCCUUGCUGUUCUGAAUGUUACUGGAGGGAAUUUCUCACCCAAGUCACAGAAACUUCCAUUUGCUGUAACCAGUGUGGAUGGAAAUAACUACUUAUUGUAUUAUUCAACAAUUGACCUUCCCGCAAAUAUGCCAGCAAGCAAGUGCAGGGGUGCCAAAAUGAAGAGGAACCUUAGCAUUGAUGAAUCACAAGCAGAAAAGAGUCGCUUGCGUAUACCUAUGAAAGGACGCAUACAACUGGUUCUCAGCAAUCCAGAAAAGACACCUAUCCACACCUUCUUUUGUAAUUAUGAUUUGAGUGACAUGCCAGCUGGUACCAAGACAUUUUUGCGGCAAAAGAUCACUCUGGCUCCUUCUGCUCCAACUUCCAUAUCUGGGAAUGAAAGACCUAGAGAUCUUCAGUUGAAAAAUGAUGCCAUACCCUCUUUGAUCCCAAAAACUAGUCAAACCAUGCAGCUUAGCGAUGGUGAUGCUAACCCAAAUGGGGUUGAUGAUGUGCAUAUGGAAAUGAUGGAUGCUGGUAGGGAGGACAACUUCCCAACAAAUACGAAUCAUGUAACUGAAAGUAAAUCUGUAUACAGCCCUCCUAAGAUCAAUGAGAAUGCUACCACCCCCGGUGUUCUGCGCUAUGCUCUUCACCUCCGAUUUUCAUGCCCUUUACCUAAGAAAUGUUCAAGGUCAGUCCAGAAGUGCAAAUCUGAUUCCUUAUCUGAACCAGCAGCAAGAAGUAUGGACAUCGAAGGAGGGCGGCGCUUCUAUUUGUAUAACGAUUUGAGGGUGGUCUUCCCCCAACGCCAUACGGAUGCUGAUGAGGGCAAGUUACAUGUGGAAUAUCAUUUUCCUUCGGAUCCAAAAUACUUCGAUAUCAGCAACUAAAAUGCACUGUACAUUCUUUCUCAGAAGAUAAUUACCCAUCUGUAGUCCUCUGUACAUCUUUGUUUCAGAUGAAAGAUCUCUGUACAUACUUGUACAUAUAAUCUGGUUAUCUUUGGGACAAUUCCCCCUAUUCAAUUUGUAAAUAUUACUUUAUGUUCAAUAAUUAAUCAAUUUGAUGCUCUUAAUCA